AUGACGACCUCAACAUCCAUCAUCCCCGAAGCCCUCUGGGCCCAGCAAGUGCCCCUCCACAUAACGCACCCAGACCACCCCAACACGCCCUUCGUAACCUCCCUCCCGCGCUUCAGCUACCUCCCCCUCCUCCUCCCACGGCUCAACGCCUUCUUCGGAAGAGGACGACACUCUUCUUCUCCCGCCGUCCACCUCUCCAGCUUCCACUACCGGGACGACGAAUCUUCCACUGGCCCCUCGACCGCAGGCUCCGACGACGUCCUCCUCCGCAACCUGCCCCUAGGCCUCCUCGUCGACCUCUACCGCCCUUCCUUGCCCUGGCGGCUCACCGUCCGCGACGGCCCGGGCUGGGACGUAGCCGACACCUUCCUCAACGCGGCCAAGGAAGCCGAUUUCGCCCGCUACGGCUCCGCCCGCCGCAUCAUGUCGCUCUCCCAACCCGACACCGCCGCCCUCUGGCACGCCGUCCGCGACAACGACCGCCGCGCCUUCGCCCGCGUCAACGCCCUCCUCCUCGACGCCCCGACCCCUCUCCGCGCCGUGCCCCUGCGUCUCUACAUCCCCUCCGCCCCCGGUCCUUCCAGCCCUCACCGCUCCGCCCCCGAGACUCACCCUAACCCUCCUUCUUCGUCCCCACCGCCGCUGUCCGCCGAACCGGGCACUUUCAAACAGCAGCGCCGUCUCGGUUCCGUCUUGCGCUCCCUGCUCCCCGCCCUCUUCCCUAGCAGCCGCGACCCCGUCCUGGCCAACGUCCUGUUGCACGGCGUCCCGGCGCCGUUUUCGGCUCCCAUCGAGGACUUGAUGCGCGAGGCCGCCUAUCCUGACGGUUGGCUCUGUUUGACGGUGGUAGUUCUGUGA